AUGGCAUUAUUGGAUUUGUAUUCGCGGAAACCAACUUCCGGUCCACCCACCACUUGUUCCAUCAUCCACUUGACUUUGGUGUCAACUCUUACCGUCUACCCAACUCGCCUCGCCGUUUGUUGGUUCUUCGCCGCCUCCCGCUGUUCACGCAGAAUUGCAACUGAUCCAUCUGCUGCUUACCUGCUUGCCUGCUUGUUCAAUAAAGACCAGGGCUCAGUGUCAUAUUCGUCACGCCACCCUAGGGAGAUAACCGACAAGUUUCGAGCGAAAAAAGGCGGAACUCGGCCACCGCACUCAACUUCACUCACCAGCCAAGGCAUCCUUUUUUUAAACCCUCCUUCUCACACCCUUGAGGGCCCGACCGUCUGCAACUUUGUCAAAUCUUCUUGCCCAUCCACAGACACACUCGGCUUUUUACUUUCUCUCUUCUCUUUGCACAAAUCCAUCAAAUCGUCAAUCGGUCUACCUGGACUCGAACAAGAUAAUUUGCCAACUCUUGCCGCUCUUCAUUUCCCCUUCACCCAGCCCAUACCAGCCCAGUCUUUGUCCAGGCUAUCAUCCCGCCUUGUCUCACAAAUAAACCUGUCGGGUGGUCGGCAGUCUCGCACCCCAUCCAUACAAGCAGACACGUACGCCCAGCUAAGUCUCAUCAGCAACACCGUCAUCCCCUCAUUUCUUCCCAUCUUGCCGCACAGAGCAGUUGUCAACAAGGCGAAGCUCAAGAUGAAGACUCAACGGGCGGCGACAAAAGCCGUCACGGUCAAGAAGCGCAUCAACAACAAACACAAGAACGCCGCGUACAAGGUGGACAAGUUUGAGGUUCCCGAAAACCCAACUCUUGAGGACAUCAAGCACGCCGUCGGUCUUCAGGAACUAGAAGAACGCGUCAGAGAUGCCAAAGAAUCUGCAUGGGAAACCGACUCUCUGCUGGAGGAUGCCAUCGCUGAGAUGGGCGAUGCAAAACUAUCCUCGGAUGAUCCGGACAGCUGCACGCCUGACGAGGCCAUGGGCCUGCGCCACCAAUUAAGAGCGCUUGGUCCCGCAGAAUUCUGUAGAAGAACCGUGGACGCCGGACGCUACACGGCCAAGAAGCUACUAUCGGCCUUUGGCCUCAAGCCUCCCGCCUUCCUCGAGGGUGCCGAAGAUGAGGCCUACUUCAGUCUCUUGUCGCUGGCCAUCAGCCGAGAGCUGUCUAAACGCGCAAAGUUGUUUCGCUUCAACACGGUGGACGACGCCGUGGACCUGCUACAGCAGAGCAAGAACAUCAUCGUCCUAACUGGUGCGGGCAUCUCUACCUCGCUCGGCAUUCCCGAUUUCCGCUCAAAGGGUGGUCUCUAUUCUCAACUUGAGCAUCUGGGACUCAACGACCCGCAGGAGGUGUUUGACAUUUCCGUCUUUAAGCAUGACCCGACCAUCUUCUACACUGUUGCCAAGGACAUUCUGCCGUCGACCAACCGUUUUACACCGACUCAUGCCUUCAUCUCCAUGCUUGAGAAGAAGGGCAAGCUGCUUACCAACUACACUCAGAACAUUGACAACCUUGAGGCCAAGGCCGGCAUCUCUCAGGACAAGCUCAUCCAGUGUCACGGUUCCUUCGCAACCGCGACUUGUGUUCAGUGCCGCUUCAAGUGCGACGGCGAAGAGAUCUUUGACGACGUUAAAGCUGGCAAGAUCCCGCGUUGCCCCCGCUGCAUCCAAAACCUUCGUCCCAAUGGCAGCAGUAAGCGCAAGCGCUCGGCGGGCACCGAAAGAAAGCGCCGCAGGUUCAGCUCCGACGAUUCGACGUCAGACGGCGAGUACGACAUCCCUAGCGUAGGCGUUAUGAAGCCCGACAUCACCUUCUUCGGCGAAGCGCUGCCUGAUGAGUUCAGCAGGCGUCUGACGGAGCACGACCGCGACAAGGUGGACCUCGUCAUCGUUAUCGGUACGAGUCUGAAGGUGACGCCGGUGUCUGAGAUAGUAUCCUGGCUACCGGCCAACAUCCCCCAGAUCUACAUCUCGCGCCAGGCCGUCAAUCACAUCAACUUUGAUAUUGACCUGCUUGGCGACUGCGACGUCGUCGUCUCGGAGCUGUGCCGCCGCGCCGGUUGGCCGCUCGAGCACGAGAUGGUGCCUCAGGACCAGGUCGUCAAGGUGAACCCGGACGGCGGGUGCGUGAGCAGACACGUCUUUGAGGUCGUCAACCCUAAGCAGCCGCCGCCGCCUAUGCAGCAAAUCUCCAAGCUCGAGACUGAGUCCGAGACAGCGAAACCGACCAAGGGACCCAGAAAGCCUCGAAGUUGUCAACCACCUCACCCUCGCUCUCUUGCUCGCUUUUCUUCUUUCUGUCCGCUCAUUGUCUCUACCUACAGAUACUCCCUCGUGCCCUUCUCACUUUCUCAGACAAUUGCAUCUGAGAGCGCUUCACGCGGCACCCGUCAAUGCCCCCAAAACACAAGACGGAACGGCACUAUUGCCGGUAGCAGCAAUGCAAGCGUCAACGAAACAGCCUGGUACCGCAACCUACACUCACUGCCCCCGGUCAAGUCUCGGGGCUUUGUGGCUGCGGGCCAUCGCCACGUCGCCCCCUUCUCGCACCGCACCACUUCGGUCAGCGAAUCCGUAGUUGCGCUCUGCACCAGCCCUCUCACCCUAACUCUCACCCUAACUAAUCUCGACCUUUUGGAGUCUCUUCAUAUGGCAGCCAAAACGGUCAUCGCGUUGAAGAACGUGGCGGAAACGGCGUUUGAGGCUCUCGCGAAAGGAAAACCCAUGCACGAUGUCAACGAUACUGAGGAGUUCAACAUGUGCACUGUGACGAUGGUCUCUGAACAAGCUAUAUCCAAGGCAGCAGUGGUGACUCAAGCACUCUGUCACCUGUCUUACAUGCGCCAAAGUGCAUCAACCCCCGCGAACCAUACUUCAAAAGUCGAGUGGCAACUCAAGGCUGUCCAAACAGCCUGCUCACCGGCCCCGGUGCUUGGCAAGGAGGGCGGGGACGGGACUGAGGUUUUGGUUGCUUGCGUUACCUUUACGUGUAUCUGCCUAGCAGGCUACCACGCACCACCGUUCUUCUCAUUGAGCCUCACUCGCGUGUUAUACCAUACCUUGCCUCACCUACCAACCCUCUUGCAAGCCUCGAUGGAUAUCUGGGUGAAGUUCACUACAGGGCGGGGGCGGACGGGAGGGUUGAUUCGGGGAUGCAAACGCGACACCCCGUAUCUUCAGCAGCAAACCUGCCCAGAAAGCCAGCUCGACGUUGUUGCGGUCACAGCAUCCCCAAUGUUGAUGUUCAAGUUCGUCUCGUAUACCUACUGGGAUCAGCGACACCGCCACGAAAAGUGUUUCCAACACCCGCCCGCUCGCCAAACCUUUCUUUAUCGAGUAAUUUCUGACCUCAAUCAAUCACUGUCGUGGAUCGUGGGUUCUCAUGGAUUCAGUCAAAGUAAGACGGCUUCAACCGCUGUCUGCUCAGCUACUGCCUCUAUCGCUCAUUGUAUACAAGCAUUGCCCAGCUGUUUCGUCCUGAGAACUUCUGCAUCUCAAGAAUCCACCUUUCACUUCACAUGUCCCUUGGAAUUGCGAAUUGAGAAAUUCAUCUAG